AUGGCGCAAGUCGCUAGCAACCCUCCUCCCUAUGCGCAACAGAAUGCGCCCCACGGCACCAAGAGAGCCGCAGACAGUUCCCUCGAGAACGAGCAGCGGCUGAUAGACAACAAUGGCACACGCCUCUACAUCCCUGUUCCGGGCUCAACAGAUGCCACACUCCCGCGCCAAUCCCAAUCGCCCACCUCCUAUGGCGACCCUCUGGCCUUUGUCGCCUCCAGGCGGAAACAGCCUCGCAAGCCACGCUUCCCCCGCGCCCAAGAAGAAGAGACCGGCAUGCAGGUAGAAGACACCCCCCACAGAGUCUACAUUUCCGACCUAAGCGCUGAACUCUCCGACAUUGAGUCCGACGAAGAGAAUCCCAUUUUCCUUUCCGAUAUCGAAAAGCAUCUCUCCAAGAUACCAAAGCACAUCUUACUGGGCCCGGAGCCCAAGCCCACGGACAAGAACCAGUUGGUCCUGUACAAUGUACCUGCAAGUCUGACAGUACCCGAGGCUCAAGACAACGUGCGCAAGGCCAUUGUAGAGGCAAGACAACGCAUCAGGGAUAAGCAGGUGAACCCAGUAACGGAACCUGAGAAUGUAGAUUUGGCAAGGAAUAACUACCACAGUAGUGGUCCUAUCAUUAGAGAAGACAGGAUGAUGGAUGCGAUACCCCAACCUACGGCAACACCUGCAGACGGAGACGGCGAUGCCAUGGACAUUGAUUGA